CUUUGCAGGAAGGGAUUUGCUGUUUCUAUUUUCUAUGUACAGCUGCAGUAAAUUGACUGUAAAGUGACAGCUGCAUGUCCUCUUGAGUGCAGGUGAUGUCACAGCAGACUUUAGUGCAGAUGAUGGGUCACUUCAUGUGUGUCCUUUUCAGACUGAUCUCCCAGAGUACUACCAGCCAUGGAUGAGCAUCGCCAUGGACCUCCCCCACCUGAUCCAAACUCAUCAGGUCUGGGACAGGGUCCAUAAGAUGCCACUGUUGAGCAUCACGCAUCUCGAGGGGCACAGAGAACAGAGGAUGGCACACCUGGCACUGGGCUUCAUCACCAUGGGCUAUGUGUGGCAGGAAGGAGAGCACCAGCCAGUCAAGACGCUCCCCAGGCAGCUGGCUGAGCCGUACUGCAGAGUGUCGGAGGCCUUGGACAUGCCGCCCAUCCUGCUCUAUGCAGACUGUGUGCUGGCUAACUGGAAGCUGAGGGAUCCUGCAGGCCCGUUCGAAAUUGAGAACCUGGACACCAUAUUCAAGUUUCCUGGGGAAGAAUCAUGCAGGGGCUUCUUCCUGGUCUCCCUGCUGGUGGAACAGGCUGCAUGCACAGGGAUGGAGGGAAUUGCCAUGGCGAUGAACUCCAUGCUGACCCAGGACAAUCGUGGUGUGCAUGAUGGCCUAGAGAUGAUGAACAAAUCUCUGGAGGAGAUGAAGAAGAUGUUCGGACUCAUGCGCAAACAUGUGGAGCCCAAUGUCUUUUAUGGCACACUGCGGAUCUUCUUUACUGGGUAA